UUUAAGAGUUUUCACCGCAGGGGGUGGGGGAAAGAAAAGACCAGAUGAGUGGUUGUUUAACACAUUUUUGGCGUACUUAAAAAAACCGAGAAAGCUAGUCUCAAACACUGGCAGCGUUUGUAAAUCCUCAACGAGGGAUUCCGAGCCUGGGAAUCUGAUUGACAUUGCACAAAAAGGCUUGUGCGAACUUUAAACAAAAUGUUCAGAAAGUUUUCUAUUAUCGUCCCCUCACACUUGAUGCUGUUGUUCGUGGCUCUACCAUUCUCCUGCUCCCAGAGAUCGGGUGGACCAAAGUUUUUAAUAGGAGACCGUGAUCAAGACCUGGAGUGCAAUGUACACUGUUCCAGUUCCCAGCUGAAGCCUCUCUGUGUGUCCGAUGGCAGGACGUACGAGUCAAGGUGUGACUUCCAGAGAGCCAAGUGCCGGGAUCCAACACUGGAGAUCACACACCGCGGCAGAUGUAAAGAAACAGGCCCAACCAAGUGUCGGACAGAGAGGGCACAGCAGGCACAGGAACAGGCCAAAAAACCACAGGAACCGGUGUUCAUUCCAGAGUGUAACGAGGAUGGCUCAUUUGCUCAGGUGCAGUGCCACACGUUCACAGGGUAUUGUUGGUGUGUUACUCCCGAUGGAAAGCCAGUGAGUGGAUCUUCGGUUAAAAACCAAACACCAGUGUGUUCAGGUUCAGUAACUGACAAGCCCUCAGGCCCCAGCAGUUCAGGCAGAAAAGUUUCUUUUCAAUUCUUUCUAACGUUGAACUCAGAAGACGUCUCGAAGCCUACGCCAACCGCGGAAACCCAGCCGGUGUUUGAUGGAGACGAGAUUACAGCACCGACCCUUUGGAUAAAGCAACUAGUUAGUAAAGACUCCAAGCACAAUGGCUCCAGUAUGAGGGUUCAAGACAAACCCUCCUGCGACCAAGAGAGGCAAGCAGCUUUGGAGGAAACUCACCAGUACCCGCGAGAUGGCAUCUUCAUUCCAGAGUGUGCUGGCGCAGGGCUCUACAAGCCCGUGCAGUGUCACCAGUCGACUGGGUACUGCUGGUGUGUCUUGGUGGACAUCGGACGCCCCAUUCCUGGGACCUCCACCAGAUACCAGACACCUAACUGUGACAGCAACGCCCGAUCCAAGCUCAUCGAGGGCGACGAUCCGUUCAAGGACAAGGAGCUACAAGGUUGCCCGGGAGCAAAGAAGUUGGAGUUCAUAACCAGUGUUUUGGACGCCCUGACCACAGAUAUGGUGCAAGCCAUCAACUCGCCUGCACCUGCCACAGGAGGAAGGUUCCCUGAGCCCGAUCCCAGCCACACACUGGAGGAGCGGGUUGUGCACUGGUACUUUGGUCAGCUGGAUAAGAACGGCAGCAACAAUAUCCACAAGAAGGAGAUGAAGCCGUUUAAGCGCUUCCUGAGGAAGAAGGCCAAGCCAAAGAAAUGCGGAAGGAAAUUCACCGAUUACUGUGACUUGAAUGAGGACAAAACCAUUUCGCUGCACGAGUUGAAGGGAUGCUUAGGAGUGAAGGAAGGAGGGAGCAGUGUGGGAGGGCUCUCAAAUGGAAGGCGACAAGGAGCAAAUCCCUUCAUAGGACGUUUGGUGUGAAGGAUGCAGUCAAGUAUUGAAAGGAGACAGAGCGUAGAACAAGUGCUUCUAUAAGUAGGCACGAAGAAAUGGCAAUAAUCUGAAUGCAAGAAGUGUCGCCAAAAGUUUGCACUUUUAAAAAAAAAUGUAUACCAUUAUAGAUUGAUUAUAGAAGAAAGAUGCAAGUUUCUAAACAGCUACUGAUUUUUUUUAAGAAAGUUAAACCUUAGUGGUUUGGACAGAACAAAACUUGAGGAGAUAUUUAAUUGUACAGUUCUGAUGUACAGUUGGUUGCAUCACUGCAUCUGUGGCAUUUAGUGCUGCCCAUGUCCUUAAUCACAUACAAUGUAUGUGUGGUUUCUAUCAUCAACAGGUUUUUCAUUGACAGAUUCUUUGUUGCUAAUUUUAGUCACAUCCAGAGGAACAAAGUAUGACUAGUGAAAAAGACUGUUAGAAAAGAAGAGAGCCCUGCUCCAAUGGUUAAUGGAAGCAAUGUCUUGUAGAUGUCAAAGCUUAUAAAAAUAUUCAGUUUCUGGCUUUUCUUUUUUCUUUGUUGCAGAUAUAAUGCAUAUUGUUUCCCAACACGGUGCAUUACUGAUUUACUAAUAAAACUAUAG